AUGAACACGUUUAAAAUUUUCCGUCCGAUUAAAAUAUUGGCCGAAAUUUUCGGCCUAAGCCCUAUGACCCAAAAACUAACCCUAUCCCCCCUCAAAGUACUCCAAACUGUGAUUUUGGGUACCACUUGCAUCUAUCUAACUUCCCUCUACAUUUGGUUCAUCCUCACCCAAAUGACCUUCAGUGGUGUAACAUCCCCUACUAUCAUGAAAUUUGUGCUAUCGUUCCGAACAGGUUCCUUCACAUUUUUAAUGGUCGUGGCAGUACUUUCUAGUGGUACCACCUUCAAACUGGUGGCAAAGACGCUCGAAAACAUGACCAAAAUCGAUAAAGACUUAACAGAAUUGGGCCAAAAAAAGUACCUUGAGAAGCGCAACCGACAUAUAUUUCGUACCUCGGUACUACUCAUAUUUGUAAUGCACCUAAUGUUUGAUACUUUGGGCGGAUUGUAUAGCACUUGGAGCAAAAAAUCGAAACAAGUUGAGUACUUUUUGAUACAUUGGUACCCUCGCAUGCUCAUUAGUACCAAAUUAUUGGCACAUUUUUUGAUAUUAACGGUACUUAAGGCCCGCUUUGAAGCCAUUAACAAUAUUAUUGAUAGCAUAAGACAAAAUUCGCAAACACGAAACCAAGCAGUACCAACUGGUACCAUCAAAACUUUGGUCCAAAUGCAUUCAAAUCUAGUCACAACUUCCGAAGAGGUGUGUGAUAGUUUUUCGAUUUUUGGUCUAGUUUGGAUCAGUUUGAUUUUUGUGGUACUUAUUGGAGACGCAUAUGCGGUACUAAACUCGGUACUAUUCCAAAAUGUGUACAAACCAUUGCCCAUUGUGUUGAGUAAGUACCAAAAAAUAAUAGUGGUACCACUGGUUAUUUUGCAGGCAAAAGUCACAAAAACCGUUCUUUUGGGCGUUAAAAUCGAUAUUUGCAACGAAGAGGAGCGAAAUUCGGUCGUAGCGUCGGUACUACAACUAAUGGAAAACAAAAUAGAGAUAACAGCGUGUCGUUUAUUUAAUAUUGAUAACGCGUUGCUUUUUGCGAUUUGCGGCUCUGCCUUCUCUUAUCUCUUCAUCAUGCUCCAGUUUGACCUCAAUAAUAAGAAAAAUCAAAGUUUAGGCAAUGGUACCACCGCCUAA